AGCCGAGCCGAAGAUGGGAUCAUUGUUAGAAUCUCUCUCUAUCUCUCAUUUUUUAACCAAACAAAUGUUGCAGUCUCUUCAGCUCCUUCCCUACAACUUCCUCUCAGCUCUUUCUCCUCCCUCCUAUCCAUCUUUAACUACCAUUUCUUCUUCCCCUUCUUCUUCUUGCUCCUACAGAGGCACCUUUGUCAGCCGGGAUCGCAGCCAACUCCGAACCAGACCCGGACCUUUGCAUGCCCAGCUCUCUGAGCCCACCACGGCAACGACAGAAACCCCACCGGAAGAUGGACCAAUCGAACUUCCUUCGUCUUCAUCUUCAUCCAUCUUCGCCACCACUGAUGACCCAUCUCCCAUCCAAGUCGCUGCCAGCGUACUUCUCACUGGCUCUGUCUCUGUUUUCCUUUUCCGCGCACUGAGACGUCGGGCCAAACGAGCUAAAGAGUUGAGAGUAAGGUCCGGUGGUGUCACCAAAAGGACUCUUAAGGAUGAGGCAUUGGAUAGUCUCAAGGCAAUGAAGCCGACCUCAGGUGAGGAAGGGUCCACUCCUUCCCCUGCUCAGGCAUUGUUGGGAGGAAUCACAGCCGGUGUCAUCGCCCUUUUGCUUUAUAAGUUCACCAUCACUAUCGAGGCGGCACUCGGUCGGCAGACUAUCUCUGAUAACUUCUCGGUUCGUCAAAUAACGAUAACAAUAAGGACCAUAGUGAAUGGGUUGUGCUAUCUGGCUACAUUUAUUUUCGGCAUCAAUUCUAUUGGUUUACUCCUCUACUCUGGGCAGCUGGCAAUCAACUCCUUCAUGGAAGACACAAGUGAAGCAACUGCAGGUAAAAAUGGGCAGAAAAGCAAAGAAAGUCCAUCAACUGAGCUGCCUGUAGGAAAUGACAAAUCCAGCAGCGCUGAAGGGGAGCAAGCUUCUGAUGAGACGUAAAUAGUCCUAAAGAAUGAUGGGAAACACUGCAAUCACAUUUCAUUUACUGAGAUUCUUGGGGAACAUGGAAAGCAACAGCAGCGAUAGGUACCUAAGUUCUGAUUUGAUUGAAUAAUGGAAGACAUGAGCACUUGUAUCACAGAGUGUAUCUAUUUCCUUGAUCAAAAUUCCGCACCAUUUUCUGAUUUGAUUGAAUAGCUUUCAUUUGCCAUGGAGUAUGGCUUGAGUUGUCGCCAACAAUCUGGAGUAUCAAAUUAAAUUACGCCUUUUUUCAGGGUAUUUCCGUGUGUAACCAAGCUGGUUAAAACAGAUUUUUGUAACCUCUUUUUUUUACCCUUGCCCACAUCACUUACACUGGUGUGGAUGAGGUCAUUUUUGUAUUUCUUUGUCCUCUCUGCUUAUUUGUUUCAGAAUUGGAAUGUAGAGCUUUCAUGGAGGAAUGGAUUUAAGUCGGAAACAUUCAAUACAGUCGGCAUUUGGUACUCA